AACUGUGGUGACGUCAGACGCAAAGGAGCGUCGCUGCAUUUUCCUCAUCGAUCGCAGGUGUCUCUACCGGCCGUCACGAAGGAGUUACAGUAACCUACUUAGAAUGACUUUGGGUGCAGUUGCCUCCGUGAUCCUUGCCAUAGGAGGAGCUGCAGUGUUUUCUGCUCUUCAUAAGAUUGAAGAAGGACAUGUGGGUGUCUACUACAGAGGUGGAGCUCUGCUGACCACCACCAGUGGCCCUGGAUUUCAUUUGAUGCUGCCGUUCAUUACUUCAUUCAAGUCUGUACAGUCAACCCUACAAACAGAUGAAGUAAAGAAUGUUCCAUGCGGCACAAGUGGAGGUGUAAUGAUCUACUUUGAUCGCAUUGAGGUGGUGAACUAUCUUGCUCCUUCAGCAGUUUAUGGCAUUGUGAGAAACUUCACUGCCGACUACGACAAAGCUCUGAUUUUCAACAAGGUUCACCAUGAGCUGAAUCAGUUCUGUAGUGUGCACUCACUUCAGGAGGUCUACAUUGGUCUAUUCGAUCAAAUAGACGAGAAUCUAAAGCUCACACUGCAGCAGGAUCUCACCAGCAUGGCACCUGGACUCAUCAUUCAGCAGGCGGUCCGUGUCACCAAACCAAACAUUCCAGAAAGCAUUCGCAGGAACUAUGAACUAAUGGAGAGUGAGAGAACGAAGUUACUGAUUGCGGCUCAGACUCAGAAGGUGGUAGAGAAGGAGGCAGAGACAGAGAGGAAAAAGGCUGUCAUCGAGGCAGAGAAGGUGGCUCAGGUGGCUGAAAUCAAAUUUGGACAGAAAGUUAUGGAAAAAGAAAUAGAGAAAAAGAUCUCAGAAAUUGAAGAUGGCGCUUUCAUUGCUAGGCAGAAAGCAAAAGCAGAUGCAGACUUUUACACUGCACAGAGAGCAGCUGAGGCCAAUAAGCUGAAGCUGACCCCUGAAUAUCUUCAGCUGAUGAAAUUUAAGGCAAUUGCAGCUAAUAGUAAGAUUUACUUUGGAAGUGAGAUCCCUCACAUGUUCAUGGAUUCGGGACCAGGAAGCUCUUCCUCAGCUGCCUCCAAAGCCAUAGACGUCCUCUCAGAGGGCAUACUGGACUUGGAAUGACGAGAGAAGUUGUGUUUUAGCACUGAGGAUAAAUGAACAGGCUGCAUAAUUUUUAAGGGGGCGAUUCUUUUCUAUACCCACUAUAUAAUAGAGGGAAUCAGCAUAUUUGGCCUGCUGUCCUCUGGGAAUGAAGGUGAGAAAAGCGGCGAUAUAGAGACUUCCUCUGAUGCUAAUUGGUUGUAUUAUCUGAAAAUGUUUCUCCCAAACUUUGUUAAAAUAAAUUUCAUUAAGAAUAGUAAAAAAUCAAAGCUAGUCAAAGUGCUGUCUUGCAAAUUUAGUAACGGAAUAAAGUAUAUGAUAACUUAAUUUUCUCGCUAUACAAAUAAACUUGAAUUGAAUUGAAUAACUUGGGUAAUUGAAUGGUAUUCAAAAACUCUCUGUGUACAAGUUACCUGAUUGAUGGCUGUUCUUUGAAGAUCAGCAGUUUUCCAGAAGAAUGGCAGCAUUUGCUAUCUGACCUA